AUGAGUCAACUUUCAACUCUUAGGGCAAAUAACGAGCAAUUGUAUUAUCAAGAAAAGCCUAACCAAUUAUAUUGCAUCUUUCAUUCAAAAGAUGGAAACCAUUUUGAGUCACUCCCAUACAAUAUUGAUAAAUCAUAUAUAAUACAUACCCAUGUCCCAUCUGCAGAACUAUUUUUCUUAAACCAUGAACAAACUUUUAGUCAUAGCCAAGACAAUAUAACGUGUCACACAUUAACAAAACAGGGCAAAAAUAGUAUUAAAGAAAACGUGACUACAAACACACAUCUACCACAUAAUAGAAUACUCCAAAACACAAUAUUCUAUCAAAAAGGAGUUACUGAUAGUAAAGCAUUUAAACAAGAAUUUGGAAAGAUACUAAGAAGAGAACCUCUCCAAAAUGAAGAACUUUUAUAUCAACAAAAAAAACAAAGAGGUGUUUACUUAGAUGGUAGUAUUACUGAAAGAGGAAAGAUAAAUGAAUUAGAAGGAACAGCUAUUCGUCAGGACAAAUUAGGUUCAGAAAAACAAAUUUCAACUGCUAAAAGAAUGGACCUUGAAUCUAUUUCUUUUAAUGACUAUUCUCCAUUAAGAUCACAAAAAAAAUAUUCAAGAAGAUGUAAGGCGCCGAUCCCAUUUGAGUUACCAAGAAGUGAUUCAUUAGACCUUCCACUUGAUAAAAAUAAUAAUAUAAAAUACCCAACAAUAAAUGAAGAACGAGUAGAAUAA